CUUGGCUUGGCUUGGCUGGCGUCGGCCGAGGCGAGGCUAUAUAUACAGGGCGUGUGGCCGGGCCGCCGCACUCCGGCCCGACGCACGCUAACAGCAAGACAUGUCGCCGGCCACGCUCGCUAUCGUGGUGUCUCUGGCCGCCGUGGCGGCUGCGCAGUACAAGGGCCCGCAGACGACGCCGGUGCCGAUCCUGAAGCAGAUCAACCGCCACAACGACGACGGCUCCUACAGCUACGGCUACGAGGCGGCCGACGGCUCCUUCAAGAUCGAGACGAAGCACCCCACGGGCGAGGUCUACGGCAAGUACGGCUACGUCGACGACUCGGGACACCUGCGCGAGAUCGAGUACGGCGCCUCCAGGAGGGGAUUCGAGCCCGCAGGUACGGGCAUCAACGUGCCUCCACCGACGCUGCAGAACACGGCGUCGCCGUCUUACGACAACCCGGACGGCUACGACGACGGACAGUACCGCGAGGACCCCAGCGUCUACUACAAGUCGGAGGGCUACAACAGCCGCCCCAGCAGCAGCUUCCGCUCGCGGCCCGCCUUCUCGGCACCGCCCCCGCCGCCCCCACCGCCCCCACAGUACAGCGCGCCCGCCCCCGCUCCGGCGCCGGCGCCGGCGCACAACUAUUACAACGCACCCCCGCAGAACAACUACUACAACCCACCCCCGCAGCAGCACCGCUACUUCAACCAGCCCUCAUACCCUCGGCCGCCCAUCAGCGUCGACCCCAACAUCUUCCGGGGACACCCCGCCAGCAACUUUGACGUCAACACUGGGUCGUACACCAUCACCUACUCCGGUCGCUGACCACCUCUUCUUCUCUGUCCCCUAACGAAGUUUCCACCAAUAAAACCUAUGCUUUAUUUAUUGUAUCCACAAGCUACACCGUAUAUAUUCAGUCCUUCCUCCUCCUAUUUCUACCGUUAUUAAAGCAGGAGGUAGACUGGCCACUGCAUCGUGCCAACGGAAAUAUUUGUUCCUGUCAAUGGAGGUCUCCACUGGUUUAAGUUACGAGCUCGUUACUGUAAUGAUAGCAUGAGACCACCCAGAUAACAGCUGCCAGAUUAAACGUCAGAGAAGGUUAUUCUGACAACACUGAAUAACUUGGUGACCGACGGACAUGUUGAUAAAUGAUGUAAAGAAAUUAAAUAUUAAACACACGUUAUUCCUGUUGCAGGAACCAAGAACUAUCCUAUUGAUUACACAAUCUAACAGCUUCCCUAAUAACAUUAUACAGCUUUAUCUCUUUUCUAUAAAUUAUAUAAAUUUGGCGCAGACGUCAUUGGUGUGAUGCUUGAAGUGCUUAUACGUGUUAUUCUUGAUGAAUAACGUUAGCAAGACACCUAGCAAUUUUUCUAUUGCUAAGACCGCUUUCGAAAGAUCUAUGCCGUCAUCAUUGGAUCUUGUAACACAGUUAGUCGUACAUUCUUGUUACAAUACUGGAAGUCACACAGUCACGUAUCGUCAAACAAAACGUGGCAAGGAACAUCAGCUUGCCACAAACAAAAUAACACACAGUUAAAACAUACAGCAUUCUGUGCUGAUGUCCUAGCACUCUUGAGUGCAUGCUGUGACAUCAGCACAACAGUUAUAUGUUUUAAUUUUGUGGUGUUGUAUUGAUGACUAACUGAUGUUCUCUGCCACGCUAUACUUGACGCAACAUCACUACGUGACAUUCAGUAUUGUAACAAGCAUGUACAACUAAUAAUGUUAAUAUAUCCGAUGAUGACAGCUUAGAUCUCUCGAAAUUGGACAAGAAGAAUUGCUAGCGAUCUUGGCUAACUUGAUUCUUCAAGAGUAAUAUAACUUCCAGAUCGGCCCAAACUGGCGCAGUAUAAAACAUAUAUUACUUAUAUAUGUAAUAUAAACGAGAACUUUAACUGAAAUAUUUAAAGGAUUGCUGAAACAUAUGCUUUUAUCUUCCUCCUUCAACUGUACCAUCACUGAAAGUGAUACCAAUGUCUCUUGCAAGCAGUAUGCACCUUUUCUACACAUAUUUUACUAUGCAAUUUGCAGUGAGCUUUUUCAACAGAUUUUUCGGGCAGCACAUGCAUCGCUUAGUUCUUUUAUUGUUUCAGAAUGACCUAAAUUGUAGUAAAGGUUAUUUCACCUAUAAAUUUGAUAAAAUAUUUAUCAGAGUUACGCCGCUGAACAGGACCGUACAUUUUCUAUUCAUUAUUUUUCUAGUCUUUGCAGUAUUUUAGAAGUGAAUUUUCAAACAGUUUUUCUAUAAAUAAAGCAUUACCAAAACGUAAAAUAGAUCACUUUAUUUCCUUUCUACGUUCCUUAAUACAGCACGGUAAGGAAAAGUAACCUCUAUUCCUUUCAUCGCAAGCGACUUUACAUAAACUUCUCACACGUCAAUGUUAUGAAAGCGUAAUAAAUUUUAAAUCAAUUUUUCCUUGAAUUAAUGUAUAUGGUGCUAAACUACGCUUAAUUAUUACGCUCAUAAUGAGAACUAAGAAUGAGAUAUCACUCGUAGUGUAUAAUUUUUCAUAUCUCAGUGUCACUCUGUUUUGUGCACACACUGUAAUUUCCCCAAACUCUCAGAGGCCCAAUGUCAUUCACAGAUACUUAGAGGGGAAUACGUGUUACACAUUACGCCAUUUAAUUUCAGUGUAAUCUCUAUCUGAGAGAAGUCAAUAUUUAUACAAAUACUGUACUGUAAGAUUUUUGUAUGUAAGUAUUUAAACGACUUAAGAAGUCAUCUGUGUUCUUGCACGUUGAAUAAAGACUUACGCACA